AUGCCUCUCAAUGAUGAGCAGAACAGUGAUUCAGAUUCCUCACGCCUCUCAGAAAGCACAGCUGCUUCCAGUGACUCGGAGUACUCAAGGCAGAGCUUUACCAGUGAUUCAUCAAGCAAACCCAGUUCUCCAGCAUCAGCAAGCCCUCCCAAGGUUAUUACAUUUGAUGAGCUGAUGGCAGCUACAAGAAAUCUGUCAAACUGGACUUUAGCUCAUGAAAUUGCUGUAAAUGCAAAUUUCUGCAUAAAACAUGAAGACUUCCCACAAAACAGCUUUGCAGGCACAGUGAAACAAAUUGUGCACAAGGCGUUUUGGGAUCAUUUGGAGUCAGAACUCAACGAAGAUCCUCCAGAAUAUGAACAUGCUAUCAAGCUCUUUGAAGAAAUUAAGGAGAUUCUUCUUUCCUUCCUGACUCCUGGAGCAAACAGGAUUCACAAUCAAAUCUGUGAAGUUCUAGAUACAGAUCUCAUAAGGCAGCAGGCAGAACAUAAUGCUGUUGAUAUUCCUGGGCUAGCUAACUAUAUCAUCAACACUAUGGGCAAGUUAUGUGCUCCAAUAAGGGACAAUGAUAUAAAACAGUUAAAAGCAACUGACAACAUCGUGGAGUUAUUGAGACAAAUAUUCCACGUCUUGGACCUGAUGAAAGUGGAUAUGGCAAAUUACACAAUUAAAAGCCUUAGGCCAUACCUCUGGCGUAAUCUGGUGGACUAUGAAAGAACCAAAUUCCAGGAAAUCCUGGAAGAAACACCAAGUGCCCUGAACCUCACAACAGAAUGGAUAAAGGAAUCAAUAGAAGAUGAGUUGUCAUCUGCUUCUGGUGAAUCUUCAUCAUCCCCUGGUGCUGCUGAUAGUAGUUCAAAACCAAUUAUUAGUCCUACACUGGUGCUAAACAAUGGCUACUUGAAACUGUUACAGUGGGAUUAUUGCAAAACCAUUCCAGAGACUCUAAUAACAGAUGAAGUUCGUCUUCAGGAGUUGAGAGAAAAACUCAAUCAAUUAAAAAUCAUAGCUUGUGUUUGUCUCAUAACGAACAAUAUGGUGGGUCCAGCAAUUGUAGAUGUGCCUGAUUUUGCUGACCAGCUGAAAAGGAUCUCUGUUCCUCUUCUUGAAGGCAUGAACAAGAAAACUUUCAAUUUGAAGGAGGCUCUGCAUGCUGUUGGUGUCCAGAUUUGCAGCAAAGUGAACAAGUCUCUAGCUGACAGAGGUCUGCCCACUCUCAGUGAAGAAAUGGAGAGUAAUUUAAUGGGUCAAAUUGCUCAUAUUGUUGAGAAGAAUAAUCCUGUCUGUACCUUGAUUGACAAACGAAUUCAGCUCUUCCUGAGAAGCUUGCUCACUCUUCCAAGUGUUCAGAACUGUAUGCCUGCUAUGCCAGGAGGGCUGUCUGUGAUCCAGGCAGAGAUGGAGGUUGUUGGAUCUCAGUAUGCAAGCAUUGUAAACUUCAACAAAAAGGUGUAUGGACCAUUCUAUGCAAACAUACUUAGAAAACUACUUUUUCCUGAGGCAGCGGUGGAGAAAGCAGAAGCAGAAACAUCCAGCAAUUGA